GUUAUUCGGGUUUGUACAAUACCGCUGUGAGAUACUGGAGUUAUCUUGGCACUUCUUUGAACAUUUGAGAUCAUCUGAAGUGAUUUGAUACAUAAACAAUACUACAUUGAAGAGAAAGACAGGAAGAAAGAAAGCAGAUAGCCAACAUGGCAAUCAAAACCCUCCUGCUGUGCUUCAUCCACGGCUUCAAAGGCGACGAAGAAACAUUCUACCAAUUCCCAGAAGACCUCAAAGCAGCAGUCACCUCAUCCAACCCCGACAUCGCCAUCGAAACCCGCGUCUACCCCAAAUACGAAACUCGCGGCGACCUCGCCCUCUCCGUCGAGACCUUCAAAGAAUGGCUCCAAUCCCAAGUCAUCACCCUCGAAACCUCUUCCACCCCGCCCAACCCCUCCGCAAUCCACUCCCCUUCCGUCGCCGUGAUCCUGGUCGCGCACUCCAUGGGCGGUUUCGUCGCCGCCGACACGCUCUUCUCGAUCCUCGACAACCGCCCCGUGUCACAAGAUCCAAACGUCAAGCUCAUGUUCCCGCUCAUCCAAGGCGUGCUCGCGUUCGAUACGCCGUAUAAUGGGUUGAGCCGCAGUAUGUUCGCUUACGGCGCGUUUAGCCAGUAUCAGAAUAUCUCGCAGGCGUGGAACCUCUUGAGUACCGGGACGAGCUUCUUGAGCUCCGCGGGAGCAAAAUCGGCUGCUUCCAACGUAGCGAGCAACCAGCUCGCUGCCCGCGGCGCGGAAUCCAAGAACUCGUGGACGAGAUGGAGCGCCCUUGCUGCGCGGACGGGGACCUAUGGAGCCAUCAUGGCGGGCGGGGUGGCGGCGUACAUCCACCGCGAUCAGAUAUUGCAGGGUCUGCGGGGCAUUAAUCGGGAGAACCUGGCGAAGAUAAAUUAUAGCAAUACAAGGGAUGCGGUGACGAGUAUUAACUACUCGGACUCGAUUUCUCAGGGGUUGACGUAUGUAUCGAGGGAGAGUAUUGGCGAGGGAUUCGCGUGGAUGGCGAGCCAUUUGAAGUUUGUGGGCGCGUUGAUGAAGACUACGCAGCUUACGACGAGAUUGGAGAGGUUGAGUGAGAUUGAGGGCGUCGGUGUUAGGUGUCUUUAUACGAGUUUGGGGGAGAAUGGGGUGUGGAGUGGUGGGUAUUUUGUUCCCAAGAGGACGUUCUGUGCGGUUCCUACGGCGGCGGAGAAGGAGAAGGGGGAUAAGAUGAAGGAGCUUUUUAUCGAGUGUCCGGAUACGAAGGCGAAGGAUGAGAUUAUGGCGCAUUGUGGGAUGUUUAAGAAGGACCGGAAUGAGAAUUAUGGGAAUAUGUUGGACAUGACGAGUCAGUUGGUUAAGGAGUGGAUGCAGACUGAUCCGCAGAAGGUGAAGGAUGAGUGGAGGCCAUCCGGGGAUCAGUUGAAGAGGACCAUGAGCGAGAGUAAGGUUUGGGAUGAUGAUGGCAAGGUUUUGCAACCUCCUGGGGGAGAAGGGGAUGUGGGGCAGUUGGAUGCUAUUUUGAAGAGUGAUGAGAUGCCGCAAGGGGAGGAUGGUGGUGUUGAUGAGAAGGAGUUGAUGGAGAGAGCGGCAGGUGUACCAUUACCGGUUGAAGAGGACGUUGUUGGUGAGGGUGUGCUUGGAUCGAAGAGUGAGGAGGCUGAGAGUACUGGAAAGGAUGCUGAGGAGAAACAAGUUGGUGGAAGUUCUCAGGAGAAAGAGGAAGCUGUUGAGAAGAAAGAAGUCAAUGAAGCUCCAGCUGAGGAGAAGACUAGCGACGAAGAACAGCCUCCUAUGACAGAAUACGAGAAGCCGAUGAAAGUCGAGAACAACCACUUAGCAGAGGAGAUGGACAAAACCACUCUGAAAGACAAGCCACAAGUAACAGAGACACAAGAGCCCCAGACAGGGACAACUGCAGAGGAUCCGAAACAACAAGAGGCAAGUUCAGCACCCAAAGGUACAUGGAUGGGAAUGAUCCCAGGAAUGUCCUCUUCAGCCACCAAAGACGCAGAACCAGAGACCAAGACCGAGCAGCAGGAACAGCCAACCGCUGAGAAGGAUGCUGCUGCGCAAAAGGGAUGGAUGGGAUAUAUCCCAAGUGUUCCUUCAUUCUCUGCCAAAGGUCAAGAGACCGCGAACAAGGAGGAGGGGCAGAAGGAUGAUACCACCGAGCAGCCAGCAGGAGAACCAAGGAAGAAGUGGUUUGGAGUUGUUUGA